UAUUUAUUUUUAAGAAAUAUUUCAAAAUGUUCCGAGUGUUAUCUCUGUUAUCAGUGAAUCGACUUAUUUCUCCUGCAGUUUCAUACUCCUCCUUCCCCUUACACAAUCCAUAUUAUUAUUCAUGUAAUCAAAUAUGUAAUUUAAACCCUCAAAUUACUAUUAAAAACAAUCAUUGUCCAUUUCUGAACCUUAAAUCAUCUAGAAGUGGGUUUUCAACCGCUCAAUACUUCCAAUACUUAAAUUCAGAUCUGAAAAUGGCUCCUCCAUCAGGUGUAACCAUGAGCUACGAUUAUAGAAAACAAUCUGCUGAUAGUAUUAUAGCUGCAGCUGAACAACUGAUUAAGGACUUGAAGGUUGUGUACGAUAAGAUUGGAGCUCUAGAACCUGCUGCUGUUAAUUAUGAAACUGUUCUCAAACCUUUGCUUGAUGUUGACCGGGAGGGGCAGACCAGAGGAACUGCUAUUCAGCAUCACUAUAUUCUAUAUUUAUCCGAAUUAUUAACUUGUGUUUUAAGUAAAACUGCUGAAGCUGAGACUCUAAACGAUGAAUUAAAAAGAUAUUUGGAGAAGAGUAUUAUUACAGGGAAAAGGAACGGUCUUCAUCUUUCUGAAGAAGAGAGAGAUCAGAUUAAAGUAAUUAAAAAAAGAAUUAGUGAGCUUGGUAUUGACUUCCACAAGAAUCUAAAUGAAGAUACGACUCAUCUAUACUUUGAUAUAAAGGAACUAGAAGGAGUAUCUAUGGAUCUAAUAAACUCCCUGGAGAAGAAUGAAAAUGGGAAGGUUCAGGUUACCAUGAAGUAUCCACACUUCUUCCCUGUUACUAGGAAAUGUAAAGUACCAAAGACACGGUUCCUGAUGGAGAAAACCUUCCAGUCCCGUUGCAUGGAGGAGAAUACCAAAAUUAUUGAGGAGAUCGUUGAACUCAGGAAACAGCAGGCAGAUAUAUUAGGAUACAAGAACCAUGCUACCUAUAUACAAGAGAUAAGGAUGGCUAAGAACCCUGAUACAGUUUCGGAGUUCCUGACUACCCUGGGGGUUAAGCUACAACCUCUGUGGAAGGCGGAAAAGGAGGUUCUCUUGAAACUCAAGAAGGAGGAGACGGAGGAGCUCGGUCUAGAGUUCAAUGAGAAGCUGGACUACUGGGAUUUCCGUUACUACACAUCAAUGGUGGAAGAAAAACACUACGCUGUAGAUCAGGAGAAACUUAAGGAAUAUUUCCCUAUGGAGGUUGUAACCUCAGGACUGAUGGAUAUCUAUCAGAGGAUUCUUGGACUCAAGUUCACUAAGCUGGUCAACCCAGAGGUCUGGGCAGAUGAUGUUGAGGUUUAUCAGGUUGAUGAUGUUGAGACUGGAUCUACUCUAGGAUACUUCUACCUGGAUCUAUAUCCUAGAGAUGGAAAAUAUGGACAUGCAUGCAUGGUUCAGCUACAGCAGGGUUGUCUAGACGGUGAGGGAAAGAAGCAGAAGAGUGUAGUUGCAAUGAUCUGUAACUUCUCUAAAUCUACCGCAGACAAACCUUCUCUCCUAGACCAUGGAGAGGUUAGAACCUACUUCCAUGAGUUUGGUCAUGUUAUGCAUGGAAUCUGUUCUCAAGCAGAGACAUCACGAUUCUUUGGGACUAACGUGGAGCGGGACUUUGUGGAGGCUCCCAGCCAGAUGCUGGAGAACUGGGUGUGGGAGGAGGAAUCUCUCAACCUCAUGUCAUCCCACUACAAGGAUGGAACCCCUCUGCCCAAGGAUAUGCUGGAGAACCUCGUCAAAUCAAAGAACGCCAACUCCGGAGCAUUCAAUCUUCGUCAAAUCUACCUGGCAACCUUUGACCAGCGUCUUCACAGUAGUGGGGAUAAGGUUAGUACAGCUGAUCUAGCUGCUGAUACCUAUAAAGAGUUCCUUGGUGUUGAUACUAUUCCUGGAACUAACUUUGCUGCUACAUUCGGUCAUCUGGUUGGUUAUGAUGCUCAGUAUUAUGGAUAUAUGUGGAGUGAAGUCUACAGUCAGGAUAUGUUCAGCUCAAGGUUUGCUAAAGAGGGAGUCCUCAAUCUGAAAACUGGUUUAGAUUACAGGAACCUUAUACUUGCACCAGGUGGAUCUAAGGAUGGAAUGGAUCUAUUGAAGAGUUUCCUAGGCCGGGAACCUACUCAGGAGGCAUUCCUUCAAAGUCUGGGUCUAGCAGCAUAGAUUAUUAUAAUCAUUAAACAUGGCGAUAUAAAUAUUGAUAAAACAUUAA